AACUUUGUUGAUGUUUUGGAUGUGAACUCGCUCUAUUUACUUGAAAUAGACGCGAUAAGGAUCACCGCGGGUGUAGCUAUCCUUACUUACCAUCAUGAAAUAUUACACUUUAAGACUAAAAUGGUUUAUGAGAAAACUUUUCAAAGUACUACGGAGGAAGACAAGAACGAAAAUCAACGAGGAGAAAAAGGUUGAAGGGCCAAGCAGUAUGUCAGUGAUUCUGGAUGCCAUCGACCUUGAGAGGGAGUACUCCCCGAGCCGCUGGUCCCCAAGAUUCCCCACAGCCCUCGAAGUACUACAGCACCAUGUGAAGAGUGUCACCACAGCCAGUGACGAAGCGACGAAUAACAUUCCACACAAGUUAGAGAUCGAGUAUGGAUCAACGCCUGGACAAAAACUGGACAUACUUGGAACUGAUUUACCAGAUGAUGCACCUAUCCUGGUGUACAUUCACGGCGGAUACUGGCAGGAGUUGUCCCGGGAGAUAUCGAGGUACCCUGCGGCGCCUCUGCACAAGUCCCGGGUGAAAACCAUUGUUGUGGGCUAUGACCUGUGCCCAUCCGCGACACUAGCAGACAUCGUGAACCAAAUAAGAAGCGCAGCAAGAUUCGUAUUCGAAUACGCCGAAAAAAUGGGAUCCAAGGGAGUGUACUUUGCGGGUCACUCAGCGGGCGCUCAUCUUGUGGCUAAACUGCUGUCCAGUGCAGACUUCUUCGAGAAUACCCCAGGCUCCUCCCGCCUUCAAGGAGCAUUUCUCGUCUCAGGAGUGUACGACUUGAGGGAACUCGUCCACACGUCUGUCAAUGACGCCGUACAGCUGCCAAAUGAAUGGGCAGUACCCCUGUCGCCACAAUUUGAUGACUACACACACCUGCAAGGAAGGAGAAUACGGUUAUACAUUUUGGCGGGCCAGCACGACAGCCCCACAUUCAAGAAACAGUCCAGAGAGUUCUACGAGCUCCUACACAACACGUGCUUGAUGCAGAACAUGUAUUUAGAAAUUAAAGACGGCAUGGACCACUUUGACAUCGUCGAAUGUUUUGCGAACGACGACAACUACAUGAAGAAUCUUUUGAUACAUGAUAUUCGUAAACAUUUGAUGUAAAUAUUUUCCUAAGAUACCUAGUUAUGGGUGAGACUUACUAUAUUGUGUUCGAUCGAAAUGCAUUUUAUUGUGAUUUUAAUUACCAAAUGCAAUUUUUUUGCGGUAACGCGGUAUGCUGUAUUUCGCAAUGCAUGAAAUUCGAGGAGUUGCGGAUUAAUUUGAAUAAGUAAAGUAGUAUAUUUUGCUAGACGCGCAUAGCUUAAGUUGUAAGAGCAGCAUAAAAUAAGUCUCAGAAAUCCAAUAAGUACAUUAUUACUAUGUACUAAUUCUAAUUAAUUGAAAUUCUCGAAAUGAGCUUUGACAUAACCAUAUUAUCUAUUAUAAAUUAAAUAUGUUUUAAUGUUUAAUGACAACAAUGUGUACACACAAUUUGAAUGGAUAUAAAUACUUGAUUAGGCAGCCUGAUAUAAUAUUAAUUCAUAUGACGACCUACGAAUAAGCAUAAUAUGGUUGUAUGUUUAGUUCUAGUUUACAAAUAAAGACCUAUCAUAUUAUUACGUUCGAAGGCGUUUUAUUCGCCUCAAACAUAUUACGAGUGAAAAUUCUCGUCGUAAGCACUUAACGUAUAUUAUAUUUGAUAACUAGUCGUUUAAAAUAAUACAUAUUUGUGAGAAAAUAAGCAUUUGUCUCGAAACUUUAAUUGUAAUGUGCGAUUAUAUUAAUCUAAAUAAUUAGUCGUUAAGAGUACUUGCACUGUAAUCCAACUUGUUACUGAGUAGUUUUAAGAAUUUGAUAGCUAAUUAAUGAAGAUUAAAUGCAUUUUAUUUACACUUGAAA